AUUGAUUCGGUUUGUUGCUCUUCUUGUCUCAAUCUUGUGCUACUGCCGAAUACCCUGCUAAUUUUUCGUUUUCAGUCAUUCGAUUCACUUGGGUUGUUGUUUAAAAUGUUGGAUUCGACAAUGGCAUCCCGCAAGAAGCACUCCGAGCCCACGUCCAAUUUGCGAGUCGCUGUUCGUAUUCGGCCAAUGAAUGGCACCGAGCGCAGUGAAAAGUGCACCAACGUUGUGAAAGUGGACAAAGGAAAACAAGCUAUCGAGUUGAAGGGAAAGUCAUUUGGCCCAUUUUUCCGGACCUAUGACCCAGACACGACUCAGGAAGAAAUCUACUCGGACCUCGUGUCAUCACAAAUUAAGAAGGUUAUCGCAGGAUUUAAUUGCACAGUUUUUGCCUAUGGACAAACUGGAACCGGAAAAACGUUCACAAUGGAAGGAGGGAGAACAGACGCAAAAAGCUCAACUGAUGACCCUACGACUGGAAUCAUACCUCGUGCCGUUGAGGAUAUUUUCGAGCAGUUGGAAAGAUGCGGCUGUGAGGAGUAUUCGCUUCGAGUCAGUUACAUCGAACUCUACAAUGAAGAACUGUUCGAUCUCUUGGCUUCGACGGAUAAUGAAGAUCGUGAACGCCUUCGCAUUUUUGAUGAUCCAAACAAGAAGGGAGUAAUCGUUUCGGGCGUGGAAGAAGUGCCUGUGCGAAAUCGUUCAGAUGUCUUCAAACUUCUACAGUUGGGUGCUGAGAAAAGACGAACGGCGGCCACUUUGAUGAACAUGCACAGUAGCAGAUCUCACAGUCUCUUCAUGGUCAAUGUCGUCAUUCGGGAGAAUACAACCACUGGCGAGGAACUGGUGAAGCAAGGAAAGCUUAAUCUCGUUGACUUGGCUGGUUCUGAAAAUAUCGGACGAUCAGGAGCACAAGGAAAUCGUGCUAAAGAGGCUGGUUCCAUUAACCAAUCGCUUCUGACGCUGGGAAGAGUAAUUCGUUUACUGACAACCAAUGGCCAGCAUAUUCCAUACAGAGAGUCGAAGUUAACUCGUCUUCUACAGGACAGCCUCGGUGGAUCUACAAUCACUUCUUUGAUUGCUACGCUAUCUCCUUCAAGCUCCAAUUUCGAGGAAAGUCAGAGUACUUUGGAAUAUGCUAUGAGAGCGGCCAAUAUCAAGAAUAAGCCAGUCUGCAACACAAAAUUAUCAAAGAAGACUAUCCUCAAAGAGUAUUCGGACGAAAUUGAGAAGCUGCGAAGAGACUUGAGAGCUGCAAGAGAAAAAAAUGGUGUUAUUAUCAGCCAAGAAUCGCAUGAUGAGUUCCAAAAGAAUUCGGAAAAAGUUCAGGAGCUCGAACAACAUUUGGAUAAUGCUGUGGAUCGUUUGCGAAUUUUCACUGAAGAUCAGAUGCACAUGGAUGAGCAGUAUAGACAGUUGUACGAGAGAAAAGGAGAACUCGAGGAUCGUCUGAGAGAUCGAAUUCGCGAAAUGGCUGUCAAAGAGAAAGAACUCGCAGAUACUAACGAUGUGCUCAACAAGCAUAUCGAAGUUAUCGGUUUGAUGCACACAUCAGCACUGAAGGCAUUCGAUCAACUUACAACAUCUCAAGGAGCAGCUGAUGAAAUGCAGACUGAUCUUCGUGCAUUUUGGCGAAAAGUUGAUGAGAUGGAAAGAGCUGACGACAGGAAUAAAAUCGUCAUUGACCACUUCUCGAAAAAGAUGAGUGAUUUCAUCGACACGACCUCAAAGCUGACGAACUCGCUGAAAGCUGAUGGUGAUCUGUUAUCAAAGAAGUUGUCGGAAAAUAUUUGCCCUCAUGUCAAAUCAAUGGAAUCUGCUCAUCGAGACAUUGAGAGUACGGCAAUGGAUAUGGAGACACAUGCCAUAUGCAUAAUGAAGAAAUCGUCGGAAGCGGAGAAGAAAGUCAUCGACAACAUGACUGCCAUAUCGAUGGAAAAUCGAAUCAGAUUGGAAACAGUCAUGAAGACGUGUGAUGAUUUUUACAAGUCAUACUCGGCCAAAUCUCAAGAAUUCACUCAGAUGGUAGUUGACAAAUUGGAUGAGGUGAAGAAACAAGUAUCCGACUUCACAGAAGAUAUGAAACCAUUGGUAUCUACUCUCCAUCAAACCACAUGUGAUAGCUACGAAGCACGAACGAAUGAAAGUAAGAAGAAUGUGGAGCAUGUGAGAGCUGCCUGUUCUUCGAUGGCUGAUUCCAUGAAGGCAUUGAUGUUGCAAGUUGAGCAGCUGUCGACGAAAGUUGCGGAGAAUCAUGAAAAGCAAGUAAUUGCGGAUCAGAACAACCAAGAAACAAUUCUGGAUACUCUAAACACAGCAGAAACCGUAGUUCAAUCACUCGAAGACAACAUUGUGGAGACUUGCGAUGUGAAACAAGAAAUGGACGACACGAAAAAGACUCUGAAGCAGACUGAUGCAAAACAGGAGAACCACAUUCAAGUUGAAAAGGAACGAGCGGAGGAAAAGGAAAAUGAAGUCAAGGUCGCUCUCAAGUCAUUUUCGGAUGAGGCUGAAGCUACGCGUGGAGAGGCAAGGGAGUUUUCGAACACCUUGAAAAGCAGGUUCUCGGCAACCAGUGAAAAGUGCAAAGUAACUGGCGAGCUGGUUUCGGAUUGCACCAAGAAAGCAACAGACGAAUUGAGUUCGCUCCUCGAUGAAUUCACGAAAUCGACUAUUGUCGUGACAAAGGAGUCGGCCGCCGUUGUCAAUUCUGUUGUUCUGGUUCACGUGGACCCAUCAGUGAAUGUCCCACAAAGAAUUCUUCCAUCGUUCCCACUCGUCUCGGAGUUGAAUCAGCCAGUCGAACCCGAAGUUCUUCUUGGAUUUGGAGAAGGAAAUGACGACUUUGACACCGAUGAACUUGCCACAAAGAAGCGUCGUGUCACAUCCUUCGUCCGCCGAGACAGUCUUCUCGAAACUACGAACAAUUUCCUCAGUCCUUCGUCGAUUAUAAAGAGAAGAGAACAAGCAAUCGAAGAAGAAGAAGAUUUCGAAAACUAACGCACACACCAACUCGUUCCAUGUCAAAUAUUUUCUCAUUUCUUUAAUGUAUUCCGCUAAUUUUUCUCGUGAAAUUCAAUAAAUUUCUUUGUAUUUUAAU